AGCAGGCGUUUCCAGAUGGACAGAGACAGGGACUGUAACCUUUACCCUUCUCCCCUGUCCUCCUCCAAACGGCUGCACAGCACAGAGGCACACCCCUCGGAAGAGCCCCUUCCUCGCAGUGAGAACGGUUUGACUGAGGACCCUAUGGACACCUCCACCUCUCCCUCCAUGACCCCUCGCCCCCUGACACAACGCACCACCUCAGAGUACCGUGGCCAGGGGUCCAGCAGCCCCUACUACCCUGGGUCUGGCCCUGGUCACCCCCCACCACCACCCCUCAGGCGCCUGGCCCCCAACCCUUCUGACCUGGGGUCCAGAGGGCUACAGAGACGAGUGGAAGCUGCGAGCUCCACCACAGGUCCUGAGCACCUGGCAGCUGCAGACCGGGAGGCUGCAGCGGGGAACGGGGCCGGGAACGCCCCUUCCUCCUGGUCUGUGGAUGAGGUGAUGCAGUUUGUCCACGACGCCGACCCCCAAACACUCGGACCCCACGUGGAGCUCUUCAGAAAACACGAGAUCGACGGAAAGGCGCUGAUGCUUCUACGAGUGACAUCAUCAUGAAGCAUGGGUCU